AUGAAUUUGCAAUACGUUUCUCGACAGCCCGUGAAAGGCCCAAGUCUGUGGUUGAGUGUUACACCAGAGGACGAAGCCCGAAUGCGCCGACACCCUGGACAAGACAUGAUCUACAGCAUACCCGAAGUAAUCCCGCACAGGAGUGUUGGGAGCGGGAGGAUCAUGUCUAUCAGUAACAUGUCAUACCGUAACUUUCCAGCUCGUCUGCUACAAAACGAGCAUGAGAGAUGA